AUGGCUAGCACCUUCAUACCAGGGCUGAACCCUCAGAACCCUCAUUAUAUCCCAGGGUACACUGGACACUGCCCGCUACUUCGGUUCAGCAUGGGCCAGACCUAUGGGCAGAUGACUGGGCAGCUACUUCGCGGCUCUCCUGGCCUAGCCCGGCUCCCUUCCCACCGCACACUUCUGCCUCCCAUCCGGCCUCCAAGAUCUCCCGAGGGUCCUAGGAAAAGCCUGCCUGUUAGGCGUGGACACGAAAGGCUCAGCUCCAGCAUGAUCCCUGGGUACACAGGUUUUGUACCCCAGGCACAGUUCAUCUUUGCCAAGAACAGCAGCCGGGUCUGGGCUGAGGCUCUGAAUGAUUUCACUCAGUGGUAUGGGCGACAGAGGAGUCAGGAGCUGCCAAAGGAGGCCAAGGGAGAGAAAGACGUGGAGAAAGACCAAGAGCCAAAGCUGGAGGCAGAGCUAGAGACGGAAGAGGAGCCAGAGCUGGGGCAGGAGGCGGAACAAGUGAGACGGAGAAGGCUGAUGGGGAGUACGAGAAGGCUUCCCCUUAUUCCAUGGAUGACAGAGAUCCUCGCAAGUUCUUCAUGCCAGGCACUGCAGGAAUUUGGACAGAUGAAGUCAGGGGUCAGAUCCCAGAAGGAUCCUAAACAUCUCCCCUCACUUUCCAGGACCUACCCUCAGAACCUGGGCCUUGUACCUAAAUACGGGGGCUAUGUGCCAGGGUAUAAGUUCCAGUUUGGCCGCACAUAUGGGCAUCUCACCCAUGAUGCUCUGGGCCUCAGCACCAUCCAGAAGCAGCUCCUGGCGUAGGUACCUAGACUUCAAGUUCUCUCUUUCCUUUUCAUCCUAUCCCAGCCAUCCUUUUGCAAAGAAGAAAGAUGGUCUGGAGGGUGGGAGAAGGCACAAAGAGAGAACG